AUGCUUCCCAAGCUCGCGCUUUCCCUCCUCAUAGCGGCGUCUGCCGCCCACGGCUGGUCGUUUAAGGCCUACAAGGACCACAACUGCAAGGGCGACGUGGCCUGGGACGAAAGCGGCACCGGCACCAUAACCAGCGAAGACAAGGACGUAUCCUAUAGAACGGAAAUACCUGACAUGGACACGCCGAAGAAGAUAAAGUUCGCUCUGGGCAUAGAUGAUGAAGUGUUCAUGGCCAAGGGCGGCGAUGAGGAAAAGUUCGAUCACGGUGAUAACGGCAAAUUUAUCGACUGGACGGACUGGCGAGAGUGGUACGUGAUGAGCAGAUAA